GGCAACGAAGUGGCACCGACCAAAGCGAGGAAGGAAACAACUAGAUGUAGAAUGGUGUAGCUAGCAAGGUUGCUAACUGUAUGUAGCUACUGGCGGAGUUGCGCAUGUUUGUCGUUUUCUUAUUCUUUUGCAUAUAACGAUUGCUGAAAGCGCACGGUAUAUGCCGUAUUUUUCGCUUGCGGAAGAUGGAAAGCGCAAGGAGUACGAACCCGAAGGACAGGUUGGCAGCGAAUAGUUCAGCUGCGGCCGGAGCAGGGGUGCCGAGCUCGGAUAUAAACAAGACCAGCAAUAGCAGCAAGUUAACGAAGCCCGGCGGACUGUCCGCCGCUUCGGGGAAGGCGGAGGAUGAUGGCGGAGGCGGCAGAGAAUCGAGACCGGAGAGUGAACGAGGAGCGGCUGCCUCCAACGUUGCGAUUUUAAGCAACGGGAUUCGCCAAGGGAUCGCGGAAAAUACCGCCACGAACAACGCAACCGCUAAAACAUCCACGCAUGGCCGGAGUUUAUCCAGCAACUCCAGCUCACUGCUGUCCAGAAGGCGGCGGCUGAAGAGGAAUCUCUCAGCCGCAGCUGCAACCUCUGGCUCCUCGGCGGCGGCUUCCGGGGGUAAAAUCAACUUGGCCCCUCAGUCCGCGACUCUGAACACCCGGAGCCUGGACAGGAAGAUGCUGAUGAGACACAGGCAGGUCACGCAGCUGUACCCGUCCGAUCGGGAGUGGGUCCGGGCUGAUUUGCAGAGGGGCUGCAUACACGUACACGACAGACUCAUGCCUUCGUGUCUUAGGCCAGUUCUAUGCACGCUGGGGACCACCGCCGGCGAUAUUGCACAACGCCUGAGUCAGCUGGGUAGUAAAGCGGGGACAGUGGUCAGAGUGGUCGGUACAGGCAGCUCUUCUACCGACUUUGACAACAACUUUAACGGCGGGAGAUACGCAAACGGCAGUAGACAACACAAGCAGAACGACAACGGCACUUGCAAGUCCCACCGUUUGAAUUCCCUGAAAGACACAGCAUGCAUGGACGCCCAGUCGGCCCCGUCAAAUGACAGACUGAGGUUAUUGCUCUUAGCAAGUGACAACAGUCACGGGGAUCAGCAACUGGAUACAAAUCUUUUAACCCCAGACUCACAAUCAGAGGGUAAAAUUUUAAACAGUACGUCCUCGGACACAAACGGAAGGCUCAACGGGGAUGCCUCGAACGGCGAAGAGUCUCCAUUCAGCCACAACGUGACAGACAGCUGCGGUCUGAACUCGGGUUCCGAUGUGGAGAGCAGCGCGUUUGACGAUCUCAGCUCCGGGGCCCGGCUCAGCGAGCACCGGGAUUCGCUGAGCGACGACAUGAUUUUGGGCACGGACGCGUCGGUUCUGACGAGUCCGGCCUUUGACAGCGCCCCCGAGGGACUCGACACUUUGGGCAGCUCCUCAGACGAGCUGGAGCUCGACUGCCCUUCUUCGAGUUCCGCCGCGGACUCGGUCCCCCAACAGUUUGGGCAUCGCACAGAAAGCUCCGUCAACACUAACAACAACAGACUGCUUGACGAUUCAAACGAGGUGACAGGUGACAAGGAAACAGGUAGCAGGAUAGACACAGUCAGCACGGGCAAGGCGCCACCGAGCAGUGGCACCAACUCUCUAUCGAGACCUUGUCUGACAGGUAGCGCAGCGGUCAAACACGAUCACGCAAACCCUGGCACUUUGAAAGCGGGCCCGGCGCCCGACAGCUCUUAUUUAAUUCCAACACUGUACGUGCAGCUGCACGGCGAAGCAGCGAGGCGGCUGGAGGAGGGCGAGAAGCCCCUCCAAGUGCAAAAUGACUUUCUCUUUAAACUGGGCUUUAAAGACCCGUGGAGGGUCCAGGAAGAAGGGAUGGAGGCGGAGAUCGGUUCCCUGAUUCGUUUUUAUGCGGGGAAGCCUCACAGCAUUGAGAGCUCGGAGAGGGUCCAGCUGUCCGGGACCUACAACGUGCGUAAGGGGAAGAUGCAGCUGCCGGUGAACCGCUGGACCCGCCGGCAGGUCAUCCUGAGCGGGACCUGCCUCAUCGUCUCCUCCGUCAAGGACAGCCAGUCGGGCAAGAUGCACAUCCUUCCCCUGAUUGGCGGAAAGGUGGAGGAGGUGAAGAGACACAGCCACUGCCUGGCCUUCAGCUCGGCGGGACCUCAGAGCCAGACCUACUACGUCAGCUUCGAGAGCUUCACCGAGCACCUGCGGUGGCAGCGCCACGCCUCCAAGAUGGUGUCGCAGCGUAUCAGCUCAGUGGAUCUGUCCUGCUGCAGUCUGGAGUACCUGCCCCCCAACCUUUUCUACAGCCAGGACCUGACGCACCUCAACCUGAAGCAGAACUUCCUGCUGCCGGGCCGCGGCCUGGCGGAGCUGCAGAGGUUCUCCAAGCUCCGCAGCCUGAACCUCUCCAAUAACCGGCUGGGGGAGUUCCCCCUGGCCAUCUGCAGCAUCUCCACCCUGACCGAGGUCAACCUCUCCUGCAACUACCUGACCUCCGUGCCCGGCGCCGUGGGGACCAUGCACAACCUGCAGACCUUCCUCCUGGACGGGAACUGCCUGCGGUCCCUCCCGGCCGAGCUGGGCGAGUUGCAGCACCUCAGUUACCUGGGGCUGUCCUUCAACGAGUUCGGCGAGGUGCCCGUGGUGCUGGAGCGGCUGGCCGCCAUGGAGCGUCUCUGCAUGUCCGGCAACAGCCUGGAGGCCCUGCCCCUAUGCGCCUUCCGCCUGCUGCGGGUCAAGCACGUGGACCUCCGCCUGAACAAGAUCUGCCAGGUGGUUCCUGAGGAGCCGGACUUCCUCCGCCACGUGACCCACUUGGACCUGCGGGACAACCGGCUGCAGGAGCUGGACGCCUCCCUCUUCCCCCGGCUGGAGGUGCUGCACUGCGAGAGGAACCGGCUCGCCUCCCUCACUGUCCGGGGCAGCCUCCUCAAGGGCCUCUACGCCUCGUCCAACGAGCUGUGUCAGCUGGAGGUCUCCCCAGUUCCCUCUAACCUGACCUACAUAGAUGUCUCCAGGAACCGGCUGGAGAGUGUGCCAGAAUGGCUGAGUGAGAGCAGGCAGCUGGAGGUGCUGGACAUCAGCCACAACCGGAUCAGCGAGCUGCCCGUGCGGCUCCUCUGCAGCAGCAGUCUGCGGAAGCUGCUGGCGGGACACAACCAGCUGCAGCGGCUGCCGGAGAGGCUGGAGCGCACCCUGGUGGAGGUGCUGGACCUGCAGCACAACCAGCUGCUGGAGCUGCCCGCCAACCUCUUCCUCAGAGCCGACAGUUUACGGUGCCUGAAUGCUUCUGCCAAUAAGCUGGAGAGCCUGCCCCCCUCCAGCCUGUCGGAGGAGAGCCACAGCAUCCUGCAGGAGCUCUACCUCACUAACAACCGGCUCAGCGACAAGUGUGUGCCCCAGCUAACCGGCCACUGUCACCUCCGGGUCCUCCACCUGGCGUACAACCACCUGCAGACCUUCCCUGCCAGUAAAAUGGCAAAGCUGGAGGAGCUGGAGGAGGUGGACCUGAGUGGGAACCAGCUGAAGGCCAUCCCCACCACCAUCCUCAGCUGCAGACGAAUGCACACGCUGGUCGCCCACUCCAACUGCAUCGAGGUCUUCCCCGAGGUCAUGCAGCUGAUGGAGAUGAAGUGUGUGGACCUGAGCUGUAAUGAGCUCAGUGAGGUCACUCUGCCCGAGAACCUUCCUCCGAAGCUGCAGGAGCUGGACCUGACAGGAAACCCCCGCCUAAGCCUGGACCACAAGACCCUAGAGCUGCUCAACAACAUCCGCUGCUUCCGCAUCGAUCAGCCCCCCACCUCCUUUCCUGCCGGCGAGACCCCCGGCGCCCCGGCCGUGUGGAGUCACGGCUACACAGAGGCCUCCGGAGUCAAGAACAAGCUGUGCGUGGCGGCCCUCUCCGUCAGUAACUUCUGCGAGGGCCGGGAGGCGCUGUACGGCGUGUUCGACGGCGACCGCAACGUGGAGGUGCCCUACCUGCUGCAGUGCACCAUGAGCGACGUGCUGGCCGAGGAGCUGCACAAGACCAAGAGCGAGGAGGACUACAUGACCAACACCUUCCUCGUCAUGCAGAGGAAGCUGGGCACCGCGGGGCAGAAGCUGGGCGGCUCUGCACUUCUCUGCCACAUUAAACACGACCCCAUGGACCCCGCCGGCUGCUACACCCUGACCGCUGCCAACGUGGGCAAGUGCCAGGCUAUCCUGUGCCGCGACGGCAAGCCCCUCCCCCUGUCGGCGCUGCACAAUGUGGGCGUGGAGGAGGAGUACCGGAGAGUGCGGCACAACAAGGCCAUCAUCACGGAGGACAACAAAGUGAACGGCGUGACGGACUCCACGAGGAUCAUGGGAUACUCCUUCCUGUACCCGUCGGUGAUCCCGCGGCCGCACGUGCAGACGGUCACCCUCACCCCGCAGGACGAGUUCUUCAUCCUGGGCAGCCGGGGCCUGUGGGACGCCGUGCCGCCGGCCGAGGCGGUGGAGGCCGUCCGCAACGUGCCCGACGCGCUGGCCGCCGCCAAGAAGCUGUGCACGCUGGCGCAGGCCUACGGCUGCAACGACAGCCUGAGCGCCGUGGUGGUGCAGCUCAACGUGACGGAGGACCGCUGCUGCGGCUGCUGCAGCGAGCUGGGCGCCCCCCCGCCCCCCAGCCCCGGGCCCUACCCCCCCUCCAUCAGCGUGGUGAUCCGGGACCGGCCCGCGGCCGCCGCGCCCCCCGACGCCCUGGCCACGCCCUCGUCCUGCAGCGAGAUCAGCAGCGAGGUGUCCACGUCGGAGAUGAGCAGCGAGGUGGGCUCCACGGCGUCCGACGAGCCCCCGCAGGGCGCCCCCUGCCCGGCCGAGCCCCGCUGCUGCGCCCUGCACCCUUCCUGCCUGGCGGCCGGGGCCUUCCAGCGCCAGCUGUCCAGCGCCACCUUCUCCAGCGCGCUCUCCGACAACGGGCUGGACAGCGAGGAUGAGGAGCCCAUCGCCGGGGUCUUCUCCAACGGCAGCCGGGUGGAGGUGGAGGUGGACGUGCACUGUCUGCGUGGCCGGGAGCGCGGCCCCGCCCUGCCCCCACCCCCGCCCCCGCCCACCCCCGAGGCCCCGGAUGAGGGGGUGGAGCCCGGUGCGGGGGAGGCAGAGCAGGAGGGGCGGGGCGGGGUUGGGGGCGGGGACUGUGGCAGUCGGACCCUGGGCAGGAGGAGGGGCAAUGGGUCGGUGGCCCCGCAGGAGAGGAGCCACAACCUGAUCGAGGUGGCGGCCGACGCCCCCGCCAAAAAAUCCGGGGGGUACUUCACCGCCCCGGCCCAGCCUGACCCAGAUGACCAGUUCAUCAUCCCUCCAGAGCUGGAGGAGGAGGUGAAGGAGCUGAUGAAGCAGCACCAGCAACAACAGCAGCAGCAGCAGCAGCAGCUGCAGAGGGUGCCCCCUACAGACCACCCAGCAGAUUACUACGACACGCCCCUCUGAGGCAGCUGGACUGAGAGAGUUCGCACACACAACCUUUGACCCCCUUCCCUCAGACAAACACACACACUGCAUCUCUAUCAGAUCAACACUAGUUCUCACGCGUCGUCAAUUCACACACAGGAUUAAACGUUAACGGCCACACGGACUCAUUUUUACCUGUCAUAUCAUUUUACGUGAUGGAAGAACAAUGCUGAAAAGCACUUUUUAAAGGAAACAAAAAACAGGCAGAACCUUUUAUUUGAAAUUUGUCGAAUGGUACAUACCAGAAAUACCAAGCUUAACUGUUGUAGGUAGAGCACUUAAUGAUACUGUAUUUCUUCAGUAAAUGAUGGCUUUU